CUUCCAUAAAGUGGACUCAAUGCCCACUCCAGUUACAGAUGAUGAGAAACUCAUUUCGAGUGUCUUGGAAGCAGAACGCCCAACAAUAAGUAUUUUGCAUGAGAAAUCUCUGAUCGAGGCGAACAAGAUUUUCUUAGAGAAACAUAAAGAUUCCUUAAUGCACAGAGCUGCUGCUGCAGAACUACUGUAUGCUUUACAACCUGACAAGAAAGCUGAGGCUGUUAAGCUAAUUGAGGACGCAACAAACAAUCCGGUGCCAAGAAACGGAGCACUUGGGCCAAUCGGGGAAUGGACACUUGAGGACUGUGUCCUGUCAGCGUAGAUACCGGGAGCAUGUUGUAUUAUACUCAUUUCAUUGA